AUGAGAUUCAACAUACAAAAACAUCCUAUAACGAAGCUUCUUGGGGUAAUUGUAAUCAAUGAUAAAUUUAAAGAAGGAACUUUGCCAGCGCCCCCCAUAGCGGUUAUUAAUACAAAAGAAGCCGAUAUGUUGAUUAAAUAUCUCGAAAAAAAUCCUAAUUUGGAAUUAGAUUUUUCCGAUAAGCACGGAUAUAUAAAACCUCAUCCAUUUGCUGAAACUCCUUCUGUAUUUUCGGGUUGGGGUUUAACUGAGGACUUAGAUAUCAAGCCUGAAAUUUGUGGACCUGGAGGUUUAAUAUUUUCGGCUUUUCCGGUUAAUAAUUCGACUUAUAGAAUACUGUCUGGAACAAGUAUGUCUUCGCCAUAUAUAGCAGGCGUAGCGGCAUUGUAUACUGAAGUAUUUGGAGAAUUUAGAAAGCAAAAUCAACAACAGUUUUCCGAACAACUAAAAACUGCAUUAAUGAAUUAUGCUAUUCCUCGUGAGGAACGUAAUAAAUUAAUGGCUUCGGUACUUCGUCAAGGUGCAGGUCUCGUCGAUGCUUAUAAUAUGUUGACAGCAACCAGCUUUGCCUAUCCGCCAAAAAUUAAUUUGAAUGACACGGUUCAUUUUAAUGGAAAUCGCAAAUUAACUAUUUAUAAUGUUGACAGAAAAGAGAUGAAAUACAAACUAUCACAUUUACCAGCUCCGAGUGUCAAUGGAUAUAAUAAAACUUUCAUAAGAAAUUAUUAUCAGUUGGAGUAUUAUACACGACAGUAUGCUAGUGUUAAAUUUGAUAAUUAUCAGAUUACUGUACCACCUGGUUCAAGUGUUGACGUUUCUGUAACUUUUAUGUUACCAAAAGAUCUGCCCAAGGACAAACAUUAUUUUUAUAGUGGUUGGUUAGAGAUAAUACCUUUAGAUGAGAACAAGCCUAAAUUGACCGUUCCCUAUGCUGGGUUAGCCGACGAUGCAAGAUCGCUUCUAUUAUUUCAGACACCUAAAUUUCCUGCACUUUACGAUUACGAUUUGAAGAAAUCUAUCCAAAAGAAGGAUCCAAUUAAAACAUUUACCUUUAAACUCCUUAACAUUACAAGUGGAUUACGUGAUUAUCCAUCUAUACAUCUUAAUUUUACAACUCCGACACAAGCGGUUUUUACUGAGAUACUUGAUGUUAAUCAUCAUCUUUUAGGAUCAAUGGAAAAUGAUAAAAAAUAUUUUCCUUUUCCAAAAGACAUAUUAGAAAUACCAAAAAUAAUUUCAUGGGAUGGAUUUAUUCUUUCCGAACCUGUUUCCAACGGGAAAUAUUUUAUUAGGGUUAGAGCAUUGAAAAUGUUUGGUGAUAUUAACAACGAGAAAGAUUAUGAAGUUUGGGUUAGCCCUAAAUUUAGAAUUGAGAGACAUUUAUAA